UCCUGGCGCGGGCGGCGUCCUACGAAGCCCGGACGCUGCGCGAGGAGUCGUGCGUCGACCUCCCGGCCCCGGGCAGGCGCCUGUGCGGGCAUCGGGGAAGCACGAGGUCGGCGCGGGGGACCCUGGAGGCGGGUCGGAGGCUGGCGGGGGACUCCGCCUGCUGCCGGAGUUGGAAGGAAAUCAGGCACCCGCCUGGGCUAGAUCCAGUGCCAUUAAGUCCUGCGAACUCACACUUUAAAAACAAUGAAGAAAUUAAAGCUUAAGGAACUAGAAAGUCGCCUGCAACAAGUGGAUGGAUUCGAAAAGCCCAAGCUGCUUCUAGAACAGUAUCCAACCAGGCCGCACAUUGCAGCAUGUAUGCUCUAUACAAUCCAUAAUACAUAUGAUGACAUUGAAAAUAAAGUGGUUGCAGAUCUAGGAUGUGGUUGUGGAGUUCUUAGCAUCGGAACUGCAAUGUUAGGAGCAGGAUUGUGUGUUGGAUUUGACAUAGAUGAAGAUGCAUUGGAAGUAUUUAAUAGGAAUGUGGAAGAGUUUGAGUUAACAAAUGUUGACAUGGUUCAAUGUGGUUUGUUUGUGCUAUUCAUUACUAAUCCGCUCUUCCGUCCCCCCCAUAUUCAAAAGAAAGCUACAGAAUGGAAAAUCAAGAUAGAUAUUAUUGCAGAGCUACGAUACGACCUGCCAGCAUCAUACAAAUUUCAUAAAAAGAAAUCCGUUGAUAUUGAAGUGGACCUAAUUCGGUUUUCUUUUUAAAAGCCUCUAAAGACAAAAACAGCUUAAAACCUAAUUAAGAUGAAUAAAAAUUUUUUUUACUAAA